AUGCCAAAGUUUCUACAGAGAAAUUUUGAGGAAUUUGACUUCAGAGGCAGGUUUAUGGAGUUUUGUCGUCAGGCCCACAGUAUAUUAUCCUGGGUGUGUGUCAUCACCACAACUGAAGCAGCUUUUCUUGGACAAUAUUGUAAUGACACCAUCACAUGUGACUAUACUGGAGGACUGUGUCAUGCCUCGAACUGUGGAUGUGACACAGGAUAUGGGGAAUAUAAAAGAGAGUGCAAAUCAAUAUAUAUAAACAAGACUACUAUGGAAAGUGAUGACAAGGACAAGGGAAAUUAUUCAAUGGAAGAUUCUUCAGAUGACUUGACUGUUUCCACGGGCCCGGAUGUCACUGGUAGAGUUGGAGGAAGUGUAACCAUUACAUGUACUGUGACAGGUCCAGAGGUAAACACAAUAAAGUGGAAACAAUACAGAAAUAACAGUUAUCUUCAAGACAUCACCAUAGAUGGUUCAAAAUACACUGCAGGAGGAACAUUGUCAACUCCAUCUCUAACAAUAAACACCCUGAAUACAGAUGACGCAGGACAGUAUCAAUGUACAGCUAGUAAUCCUGGUGGAACUUAUCCUAGUAAUAAUAAAGCCACUGUCAACGUGCUCUAUGGACAGUUCAAUGAGGAUUGUACUGCAACUAUACCCUGUGAUGCUUCCAGUUAUUUUAUAUGUAAUAGUUGCAAAUGUCUUUGUAACACAACUUACUACCACAAAGACAAAGUAUGUUAUCCAAGAACUCGUCUAACUCCCUAUAUAAGCGUCAUCAACAGUACAACAUCACAGUUCUCUGUAUUUUGGAGCCAUCCCUCUGUGGAUUACGACCUUGUCAUCAGUUAUAAGGUCUCCUGGAGGCAGAAUGGUGGUUCUACAUCUGAACAAACAGUGGAUAGGGGGAAGAACAGCAUCAUUGUCAACUCAGGCCUAAUGUCUGGUCAGCUGUAUAUUUUCACUGUUUCUGCUGUUGUCAGACUAACAGAUCCAGAGGAAACCAUAACUAUACAAUCACAGGAGGAAAAAGUGAGAUUAGAUCCACGUCCACCUGGUCCUAUAUUACAUAGUGAAAGUUCUUUAGCUCAUGACAGCCUCACCUUAAAGUGGACUCCUCCAUCCAAUACCUUCGUUACAAAAUAUGAAGUGAUGAUUGAUGGUGAAAGCCAAACAACUGUGAAUAAUAAUCCAAUGCUCCAAUUUAAUAAAAUAUUAACCCCUGGGAAAUACUAUGUUGUGAGAAUUGUGACAAUCAGUGGUUCAUCAAGUGAACUAACUGGCGACAAGAGGAGCACAAGAUACAAAGAGACAAUUAGAAUUACCCCGACAAGUAAGAUUAGGAUUUUUGCUGCUAACAAUUCUUAUGAAAAUAAAAAUUAA